AUGUCGAAGGCUGCGGAUAGCAUCCUGAAGCAUCUGAAGGUGCAACGCCAGAAACAGCGGGCCAUCCUCAAAAUGAGAUGGCGAUGUGCCCAGGGAGGAUUCGAGUUCGAGCAGCUGGACACCUUCUACAGAGCCAUCAGGCCGUAUCUUUGUGUGGCCCAGUUCUUUGGCAUUAUGCCUUUAUCGAAUCUUCUCAGUCGCAAUCCGCAGGAUGUUAAAUUUAAAGUAAGGAGCAUUAGCCUGGGAGUCACAGGACUAUUUCUACUACUGGGUGGAAUAAAGACCUUAGUUGGUGCCAAUGUUAUCUUCAAUGCUGGACUCAAUGCUAAGAAUAUGGUUGGUUUGGUCUUUCUAAUUGUGGGCAUUAUCAACUGGUUGAAUUUUGUUGGCUUUGCUCGAUCCUGGUCGCAUAUAAUGUUACCUUGGAGCUCUUUGGACAUCCUGAUGCUGUUUCCACCUUAUAAACGUUGCAAGCGAAGUCUUCGGUCAAGAGUGAACCUCGUAGUGAUUACAGUAUUCUGUUUUGCCAUAGGAGACCAUGUUCUUUACUAUGCCUCUGGAUAUCGCAGCUAUAGCAUGCAUAUAAAGCAAUGCCAAACAAAUCACUCACGAAUUACCUUUGAACACUAUUUCGAGAAAGAGUUUUCGGACAUAAUGUUUCUGCUGCCCUACAACAUGUUCUCCGUUUGCUAUGGAUUUUGGCUAAAUGGAUCAUUCACCUUUUUGUGGAACUUCACGGACAUCUUUAUUGUGAUUACCAGUAUUGGACUGGCUCAAAGGUUUCAGCAAUUUGCUGAUCGAGUUCUGGCUUUGGAGGGUCGUCAUGUUCCAGAUGCUCUUUGGUAUGAUAUCCGACGUGAUCACAUACGCCUUUGUGAACUGACCAGUUUAGUGGAUGACAGUAUGUCGAAUAUUGUUUUCGUAUCCUGUGCUAAUAACGUAUAUGUCAUCUGCAACCAGGCAUUGGCUAUUUUUACCAAACUGCGAACUCCCAUUAAUUACGUAUAUUUUUGGUAUUCGCUGAUAUUUCUACUGGCCAGGACUAGCCUUGUUUUUAUGACCGCCUCCAAAAUACACGAUACCUCGCUGUUGCCACUGAAAUCCUUGUAUUUGGUGCCCAAUGGUCACUGGACUCAGGAGGUGCAAAGAUUCGCCAAUCAGCUGACCAGCGAGUUUGUGGGAUUGUCCGGUUAUCGUUUGUACUACUUGACAAGAAAAAGCCUUUUUGGAAUGCUUGCCACCCUGGUGACCUAUGAACUUAUGCUACUGCAAAUGGAUGCAAAGAGCCCCAAGGAUUUACGCUGCACUUAA